GGUUUUAGACAACUUAUGGACGAAAUUUUUAAGUCAGCAAAAUGUUUAUUUUGUGAAAUAUGCUUGAUUCACUUCCAAAAGAGAACCGGUAUCCUAGCUUCAGCUCGCAAGAUGAGUACCCAGCAGCACAACCUCGUGUUGGGGAACAUGAACCCCUGCAUCAAGAAGAUGGAGUACGCCGUCAGAGGUCCUCUGGUCAUCCGUGCAACACAGAUAGAGAAGGAAAUAGCAGCUGGUGUGAAGAAACCAUUUCCUAAUGUUAUCAAGGCUAACAUAGGAGAUGCUCAUGCCAUGGGGAACAAACCUAUCACCUUCAUUAGACAGGUGUUGGCCUUGAUCACUCAUCCACCUCUACUAGAAAGCAAAGACUUCCCUGAGGACGUUAAACAACGUGCCCGAGAUAUACUUCAUGGAUGCAAAGGAUCCAGUGUGGGUUCCUACAGUGACAGUGCCGGGAUUGAAAUUAUUCGUCGUCAUGUUGCUGAUUAUAUCUCAGAAAGGGAUGGUUUCCCGGCUAGUUGGGAGAAUAUUAUGCUCUGUGCUGGAGCUAGCGAGGGGAUCAGAGCCUGUCUCAAGCUUAUGACAAGUCCAGGUGAGGGAAGAAGACCUGGUGUUAUGAUCCCUAUUCCUCAAUAUCCUCUGUAUUCUGCCAGUCUUGCUGAAUACAAUAUGGAGCAGGUCGGGUACUAUCUUGAUGAGGAGAGGGGCUGGGCCCUGGACCCUGCUGAGCUGGAGAGAUCUAUUAAGGAGGCCAGGGCCCACUGUGACGUGAGGGCCAUUGUUAUUAUAAACCCUGGCAACCCAACUGGACAAGUUCUCACCAAGCAGAAUAUUAUAGAUAUCGUCAAGUUCGCCCACAAGGAGAAACUGUUCCUGUUUGCUGAUGAAGUCUAUCAACAUAAUGUUUACGUUUUUUUCCAUAAUUCUGCUAAGGUUACCAACGAGAUGGGUGCACCAUUCAACGAGAUCGAGAUGGCAAGCUUCAUGACCUGCAGCAAGGGAUACAUGGGAGAGUGUGGAAUCAGAGGAGGAUAUGCUGAGGUCCUGAACCUGGAUGCUGGGGUUAUGGCGAUGUAUCAGAAAUCAAUCUCCGCCAAACUUUGCCCGACAGUUAUAGGCCAGGCGUGUAUGGAUGCUGUAGUAAACCCUCCGAAGCCUGAUGAACCAAGUUAUGAAUCAUGGAAUUGCGAGGUUCAGGGAACACUGGCUAGCCUCAAGAGGCGAGCUGAAUUGGUUGCUAACACCCUAAACUCUAUUGAUGGAAUUCAGUGCAAUACUGUACAAGGGGCUAUGUACGCCUUCCCACAGGUGACCUUGCCUCCUGCAGCUAUAGCAGCUGCAGCUGAAGCCGGUCAAGCUCCUGAUGUAUUCUACGCGUUCAACUUACUGGAGAGCACAGGCAUUUGUGUUGUGCCAGGAUCAGGGUUCGGUCAGAGGCCUGGAACAUUCCAUUUUAGGACUACCAUUCUGCCACAGGAGGAGAUGACCAAGGACAUGUUGGGUCGUCUCAAGGAGUUCCACAUCAACUUCAUCAAGCAAUACUCAUAGGAAGUACAGUUUACAUUAUCUUCUUGAGCUUUCAAAGGUCACAAGAUUAGUCUUAUAUGCCCAACUUUAUAAAAAGUUUGAGCUAGUUAUCCUACAUUAACCAGUUUGAGCUAGUAUCCCCUAUUAACCAAAAAGGAAAUGUCUCACAUGUCUUAGAAAUAUUAAAAAAUAUAUGAAAAUUUUAA